AUGUUCGCUAAGCUUCUUCUCGCUGCAAGUCUUUUGUACGCUGCUUAUGCAGACACAUGCAUUCACUGCAUUUGCUUGCACGAAUCAGGAUGUAAGCCCAUUGGAUGCAACAUGGAUGUUGGGUCACUCUCAUGCGGUUACUAUCAGAUCAAACUCCCCUACUACGAGGAUUGCGGAACCCCCGGACGCAAGAGCGGUGAAGAUGUGACUACUGCUUGGAAGAGAUGCGCCGAUGACUACAACUGCGCCACUCAAUGCGUAAAUGCCUACGUCAACCGCUACAAGGGAGGAUGCUCAUCAACUGGUGAAGGAGCCUGCCAAGUUAUGUCUCGCCUUCACAACGGUGGUCCAUCUGGAUGCAAAAUCUCCGGUACCGUCGGAUACUGGAACGUUAUCCAGAAGUGCUGCGGAUGCUCAUAA